AUGGCUUCCUCUGUCAAGGGUAACAACAGACUCUCCAUUGCCAUGGAGCGCACUGGCCAAUGGAUUUUUUCUCAAGAAAUCCCUUCAGAUGUUAUGGUUGAAGUUGGAGAAGCCAAUUUCUCUCUACACAAGUUCAUGCUUGUGGCGAAGAGCAACCACAUAAGGAAGCUGGUUUUAGAGUCAACAGAGCCAGACCUUACGAGAAUCAACCUCUCCGACAUUCCGGGAGGCCCCGAGACGUUCGAGAAGGCGGCCAAGUUCUGUUACGGCGUCAACUUCGAAAUCACAGUCCAAAACGUCGCCGCUUUGCGCUGCGCCGCAGAGUACCUGGAAAUGACCGAUAAGUACUGCGACAACAACCUCACUGGCCGCACCGAAGAUUUCUUGACGCAGGUCGCUCUGUCAAGCCUAUCCGGUGCCAUUGUCGUGCUCAAGUCGUGCGAAGAGCUUCUCCCCAUCGCCGAGGACCUCAAGAUCGUUCAGAGAUGCGUGGAUGUUGCUACUUCCAAGGCCUCAAUUGAAGCGAAUUUUCCAAGUCGAACGCCAACGAAUUGGUGGACAGAGGAAUUGGCGAUUUUGGAUAUUGAAUUCUUCGGCAGAUUCAUCACUGCGAUGAAGAUGCGCGGAGCAAAAUCGUUAAUCGUAGCCAGCGCGAUCAUAACGUACGCCGAGAAAUGGCUCCGAGAUCUCGUCCGAGACCACUCCGGUACCGGCGCUAACUCGGCCGUUUCGAACGACUCCGCUCUCCGAAUCAGGCAACGCGAGCUUCUGGAAGCGAUCGUUUCUCUCUUGCCGUCCGAGAAAGCAGCGCUGCCGAUAAACUUCCUCUGCUGCCUUCUCAGAUCUGCGACCUUCGUCAAGGCCUCGAGCGCGUGCAAGACCGAGCUGGAGAAGCGGAUCUCGGUGAUGUUGGAGCACGUGACCGUCGACGACCUCCUGGUGCUGUCGUUCACCUACGACGGCGAGAGGCUCUUCGAUCUCGAGAGCGUGAGGAAGAUCAUCUCCGGGUUCGUGGAGAAGGAGAAGAGCGUCGCUGUCUUCAACGCCGGCGAUUUCAGAGAGGUUUGCUCGGCGGCCAUGGUCAGAGUCGCGAAGACUGUCGACGCGUAUCUAGGCGAGAUCGCCACGUGUGUUGAUCUCAGCAUCUCCAAGUUCAACGGCAUCGCCAACCUCGUACCUAAAGGCGCCCGUAAAGUGGAGGACGAUCUCUAUCGCGCCGUUGAUAUUUACUUGAAGGCUCAUCCGAACCUUGACGAGAUAGAGAGGGAGAAGGUGUGCAGUGUAAUGGACGCCUUGAAGUUGUCGUACGAAGCGAGAGUGCACGCUUCGCAGAACAAACGGCUUCCCGUGCAAAUCGUACUGCAUGCGUUGUAUUACGAUCAGCUGAAGCUGAGGAGCGGGGUGGACGAAAACGACAUGAUGCAGGACGCCGUAACGACGAGGAGUCAGGUGCAGCAGGACGUGUCGUUGGCGAGGGAGAACGAGUCGUUGAGAACGGAGCUGUUGAGGAUGAAGAUGUACAUUUCGGACUUGCAGAAAAGUGGGCCUGCUGCAAAAGGUGGUUUAGGCGCCGCGACGACGUCGUCUGGGAAAGGUGGUGGUGGGCCCAGGAAGGGCACGUUCUUUUCGUCGGUGUCGAAGAAAUUGGGGAAGUUGAAUCCGUUUAAGCAAGGGUCCAAGGACACAUCGAAUAUUAUGGAUGAGGGUGUGGACAUUACCAAGCCUAGAAGGAGAAGGUUUUCAAUCUCUUAA